AUGCUCCGACGUAUCAUCAGCCAGCAAACGACGCUCAUUCGGAAACCACUGGGUGCUGCACUCUUUGCCACAUCAGCCCUACGCCUAGAAGCCGCUUCUUCCAGUGAUGCUGAUGGGAAGGAAGUUGGAAGUAGCGGCGAAGGCAACAGAGCAACUGGAGGAAAGUGGCGCCGACCUUCACUCGCACAACAACGGGCUCGCCGCGCCCAACUCCCGCCUGCUUUUGAUGUUGUCCAUUGGAAUGAUGAAGAUAUCAGCAGAGGCCAUCUAUUGCGAGUACUUCACCGUGAUACAUUUGUUGUCCUUGAUUACCAUCGCCAGGCACGUAUGUUGACAGAAGAAGGUAAUAAGGCAGAGCGUGUUGUUUCUGUGAUGUUGCCAGCGGUUUACACCGCACGUUUUCUGGCUGUGCUGGAGGGGCGUUCAGAAAAGGUGGAAGUUCACUCACGUUAUACUAACGCCACCUUCACACCGAAUCCUGCAGCACCAUACACAUUUACGCUCAAGUGCACAUCAACGAGGCCCGCCCAACAAAAGCAACAAGUAGCGGGUGAAGAAGGCGAUGAGACAUUUGAGUGGACUGUAGAGUUUGAUGUGGCAGAAUCUCUUAUGUUGCAGCGAUUCCUCACACAAGCUCUGCAUUACAACACCGGCUUCGCUCGCACAUCUGUGUAG